GUCCAGACGGCGCAUAGAAUCGCGAGUAACGCACGCGUCCCGCCGGUGCCAUGAUCCUCGCAAAGGGCCUGUUAUACUUGGUAUUCGCUGUCGCCGUUUUCGGAAAAAAGGAGCGACACAAGAAGCCCUUGGCAGCCAAGAAGGGCACCAAGCUAAUACCGGCCACAGUGAAGGGUCUGCAAUGCUACAACUGCUUGUCCUACGACCACAGGGGCUGCUGGGACCCCGACCAUCCGGAUAAUGCCAACAUUACGGUACCUAACAUUGACUGCUACAUACCAGGCAUGGCGUUUUUAUGUCUGGUUAUUACUGCGGAGUCAGCGAAACUAGUGGAGACCGGCGCAGAAAUCGGCCCAGUCCGGGCCCGAACCUGCGUCCCCGCGAAAGACUUCAGCAAGAACUCGGUCUCGCACUCAAUGUGCAACAAACUGGGUAAGGAGCUUUCGGCCUCGGAGAUAUUCUCCAGGAUCUCGGUCACUAGGCCUCGGUGUUCGUUGUGUAACAAACAUUUAUGUGCCUCUAUUUGCUAGGCUGUCAUGUAAAAAUUAAAAAUAUAAUUUAAAUUGCAUAAUGCUCCUAGUAGGUGUUUUUGUGACUAGAAAUUAUAAAAUUUGAUCGAUGUGAUUUGUAGCAGUCAGUAAAAUAUAUAAAAACACGUUUAAAUUUAAAAUUAGGAGCAAAGUCGUGUAUUUACAGCCUCAAGGUCAGAGGAACCUAUUAUAUCCCCGUGAUAAUUUCGAGUAAGAAUUCUGUCACGCACUCAAUACGCAUCAAACUGGGCAAAGAACUUUCGGCCAGUAGAAAAGGGAGUGUAAAAGGAGAAAAAGUUGUAUUUUUAUGACUUGAGAAUUUUUACAUAUUUUAAUUAAGAACAACAGACAUGACCGGUGAUGCGAGGAAAUAGUCUUAAAAGACUAUUUAAAUACCAAUACGCUUAGCAUAUUAUAAUUUAUAACCUCUAGUAUAAAAAGAUACUACUACCUACUGUAUUAUGUAAUUAUUAUGUCAAAAUUUCCAUCUUUUAAAUGAGGGCUACCGCGUUUAAUUGCGCC